CCCAGACACGUUGCCUUGGGAGAAGCAACACGGGCCGAUCGCUGGCUGUACCGACUCCACAUUCACACGCCGCACGUCCAGUCCGUCAGCUGCUCUCUGCCCGACGCUUGUACUGGAUUUACCGCUCAGCCGACGAGAGAGUUUAAACCCGCAGCUCCAUCCUGGGAAGGUCAGUGAUGGUCAGUGCUAGUUAGAGUCUGCAGCUGAGGAUGUCUGCUACAGAUUCGGACAACUCCAUUGACUGGCUAGCUAGUGACUACGAGGACAAUGAGAGCGAACAGGAGUUUGACUGUACUAGAAAGCACAGCCAGACAGACGCUCCUUCAUCCCCCAGCAGCCCGCCACACCUGGGCCCGUCUGACAGCAGCUGCUGCCGGAGCAGCAAGGUGAAGGAGGGCGACAGUAACUGGAGCGAGGUCAGGGAGGCCCCCAGUCGGGGAUCUCUCCACGGCCGCACGGAAACAUGGGAUAGCACCAACGGACUGUGUAAAAGACAGCAAGGCGAGAAAACGAACGGCAAACACACUCAGCAAGCACUGAAGAGAUCUCGCAGCUCCGCGGAGGAGUGCAAAGAACAGCAGCUCAAUUCCAACGCCUCCGAGAAAAACCAAAUCUUCAGCCGUAAGUGCACGGAGCUUCAAUGCUACAUUCAUCCGCUGUCAUCCAUCUUGAAUGGCCUUCGUUCAGGGAGGUACAGAGAACGACUCAGCAGUUUCCAGGAGAGUGUGGCCAUGGAUAGGAUCCAGAGGAUCAUGGGUAUCUUACAAAACCCCUGCAUGGGGGAGAAAUAUAUUCAUAUCAUCCUGAAAAUGGAAGAAAUGCUGAAGAGCUGGUUCCCUAAUGUAAAACUCCAAGACCAACUUGCUGUCACACAGACAGAAGAAGCGUUUCCUGCCAAGAAACCGAAGCUAUCUCCAGUGACCGCCACUGCAGCAGUGAGCCCUGUCACCGUCAGUGAUCCUCCAGCUGGGGUCAAAGCCCUGAGAGUCACUGACCUCACUCCACCUGGAGCCUACUCCGCCAGUAACCUGAAGUGGCUCCACACUUCACCCAUCUGCUCCCCUACGGCAGAGCAGGCCCAGGCUGGCCCCAGGCACCUGCUGUCCCCCAGAGACAGAGACCUAACGCAGGACAACGCUGUGUCCUCCAGCACAGACAGCCACACUAAGACAGACUCGGUGCCCAGGGGCCCUCCGCCGGGUAAAAUCAACGCACCAUGUCUGGAGAGGCUCCUUAAGUCGACAGAAAGCAUUAUUACCCGCAAGGGGACGGGUGGUUUGAUGGACAGCAGCUGGUCCUAGUCCACACAGAGGGCUGGGUGUCUAGCUGUAAGCACCUCACAGCCCAGCUUAGCAUAGCCCAUCCUGCUGGGAGCCAGUCAGCUCGCUUAGCCCAUUCCAGCCUUCAGGGGAGACGGGAGCCUUCAUAAGGGACAUCACAGAUUCCUCUAUAAUGUGGAAGGAGUGUUGAAGAACAUGUUGUACUCUCUGAACGGGAAUGUGCCCUCUCCGACAUGACAAGUGUCUGCUUUAGUUCCAUUUUGUUGACUUUUCUUUGUCUUUCGUUUGCACUCUUGAAUAGUGUGUGUGUGAGAGUGGGAAGGGUAGACUUUACAUGGGAUGAGAUCACAAGAGCUAGUGAUUUCACAACUGAAUUGUUCCCACUGGCUUGUAGACGCAAUAAUACAAUUUGAGUAUCUGUGAAACCACCAUUAUGCCUGAAAGGGAAAGAACUGCAGGAGUAAUUUGUGCUGGAAGGGAGUAUUUCAUAUAUCCAGACAUGUCAGUGGUCUACGUGUUGUUGUGCUGAAAAUGUGGGUGAAAUGUGAUGUUAUUUUCUCUCCCCUCCCACCCCCAUCCUACCCCACCCCAACCCCCCCCCCCCAUGACUCCACUCUUAAGUUUAUUGAUGUGACUGUUACACAUUUGUAUACUUUAUAAAUAAGUCUUUUGGUACAACUGCUCUACCUCAGUGGGCACCAUGUCACAGUUUGUGAGUAGGAAUGUGAACGAUACGCUCAUAGUCUGGACACCUCACCAGGUCUGCAGUGAGCCAAACGGCCUCAGACAACGAGGUCUGCAGUACGAGUCGUUCUGCUUGUACAAACAAAGGACGCUCUCUCCAUGGGGAUGCUCUCAUGGCCUGACUGGUGCCAUUGUAAAGAAUGUCAACUGCAGAUUUCUUUUUUGAGUCUCCCAGUCGAAGGCAAACAGUGCCUGUAACGUCAAGCUGUGCCUGUAAGCCAGUUUGAUAGAAGAGAGAGAACCGUUCGGAGUACCUGCUUCUCUGUGGGAUGUACAAAUCAGGAAUUCUCACUCUCCUGCCAUUCUCCUGUAUCGAGUAAAUUAUUCAGAUCUUGCCAACUACUUUCUGUGGUGGAGUAGAACAGUUCUUUUAUUUUGCCACAGAACUGGACAGUAUGUUAGACCAGCAGAGAAGGACAAGGUGUUUCUCUGUGUAAAUCUUACAGAAAGGUUGUCGAUUUACCCUGAAAAGUGGCCUUUAUAGUGUGAAAUUUUAUACUUUAAAAAUAAAUGUGGUUAUCUUUGUUUGAUGCA